GCCGGCACCGCCGCUGCAAAAUGAGCCUGCUGUCGGCCAUCGACACGAGCGCCGCUUCGGUGCACCAGCCGGCCCAGCUGCUCAACUGGGUCUACCUGUCGCUGCAGGAUACGCACCAGGCUAGCGCCUUCGAUGCCUUCCGUCCCGAGCCGCCCGCUGGCGCCGCGCCCCCCGAGCUGGCCUUCGGCAAGGGCCGCCCAGAGCAGCUGGGCUCGCCCCUGCACUCCAGCUAUCUCAACAGCUUCUUCCAGCUGCAACGCGGAGAGGCGCUGGGCAGCAGUGUAUACAAGAGCUCCUCGCCCUACGGCUCCCUCAGCAACAUCGCGGAUGGCCUCAGCUCCCUCACCGAGCACUUUUCUGACCUGACCCUCACCUCCGAGGCCCGCAAGCCCAGCAAGCGGCCCCCGCCCAACUACCUGUGUCACCUGUGCUUCAACAAAGGACACUACAUCAAAGACUGCCCCCAGGCACGCCCCAAAGGCGAGGGUCUGACGCCGUACCAGGGCAAAAAGCGCUGCUUUGGCGAGUACAAGUGUCCCAAGUGCAAGAGAAAAUGGAUGAGCGGGAACUCCUGGGCCAACAUGGGGCAGGAGUGCAUCAAGUGCCACAUCAACGUGUACCCGCACAAGCAGAGGCCCCAGGUGAAUUUUAAACUCCUGAAUAAGCUGUGCUGUCGGGAGACAAGGCGGGGAGGGCAGCAGGGCGCUUGUUCACUCCCGUGUUUAUCCAGUCGAGCCCUGUGAACAGGUGACUGGAGGUGACACAUACGGGGCAGGGUUGAGGCAGUGCAUCCCAGGAGGACUGACCUCUUAAGCCAGGUUGCAGAGAGAAGGCCCCUCAGAGGAGGUGACAUCUAUUCAGGGACCUGACGGAGGGGAGAAGCUGGGCCUGUCACAAGUGGAGGAGGGACCAUCCUAGCAAGAGGACACAGUGGGUACAAAUGCCCUGGGGCUGUAGGACUUGGGGUGCUGAAGGCCCCUGACUCAUGAAGGAGCAGGAGGAUGGAGCUGGAGGAAUGAGGUGGGAGCGGAACAGAGCAGUUCCAGAGCUGGGGCUGGGAGGGCCAAAGGGAGCUCCAAAACAGCAGGGCUUCCAGCCUCCUUUGAGGACCUCCAUUCUGGUGGUGUGCAGAGAGGAGGCGGGCAGGGGAGCAAUUGAAAGUGGGGACGCCAGUGGGGACGCCAUUGCUGCUGUCUCCCUGUGAGCUGGCAGGGGCUGAUCUCCAGAGCUGGAUCUGACACCGUCUUGCCAGAUGGAUGUGGAAGGGGAGGAAGGCCAGUAACCCGGGAGAGUCAUCACACCUCCGGCCUGGGUGCCCGAGUGGAGGAGGUGGUUGUUGCUGAGGUGGGCAGCCUGGACUGAGGGAGCUGGGGUGGCAUGCAAUGUCUAAGACAAACGCAGGAGUUCUUGGAUGCAAAGGCUGCCUUUGAGAUGUGGCAAACAUCAGGCAGAAAUGGAACAAGGCAGUUCUACUCGCUAUUUGGGAGCCCAUCUGAGAAGUGAAGCCCGUGCAUAAUCGGGCAUCACCAACCUCAAGGUGGUAGGGCAGGGGGAAGUAGACACUGCAGGGAAGGGAUUUCCCAGCCCAGUGAUGCCACCCCAGCAUUUGGUAGAGGGGUCAGGUAGAGGGGGAGGUCUGGGGAGGGUGGAGUCUUGCACGUUGGUGUGGGGUGCCAUUCACGGGCUAGGGCUAGGCUGGCCACAGAGAAGUACCCUUAGGAUUAGCAGUAGGAGAUGACCUUCAAACUCUGUAGGGCAUCGCUCUUACUGGGGAACUUGCUCAGCUACAGCCAAAGCUUGGGAAGCACUAAAGCCCUUGCCGCACAUGAGGACUGGGGCAGCUGCUGGCUCACAGCAGACCUGUAAGGCAGCUGGCCAGGCUACUGUCGGUGGCUCAGCCUGGCCUGAGGAGAGGGCAGCAGGGGUGGCAGGUAAUAGUGGACGGGUGGAAAGGACUUGGGAAUGACCCAGUUUCUGCAGACAGAUGGGGGCUGCUCAGAUCUGUGCUGAUCUGGGAGCUCAGUCCCAUAACCUUUGCAUGCCCUGUGACCUAAGCAGAGAGGCCAGACCUAGCCCACACACUCCAGGCUGGUGGGACCUGGCUCCCACAACUUCCUUGGCCUCUGCCUCCCUAGCAUCUGCAGGACAGGGCUCUCCUUGCUGGGUCCUUUCCAUGGUGCUGGGUUUAUUCCUGGCUUGUGCCACCACCCCCAGGCCAGCAGUGGCCUCACCUGCUUCGUCUCCACCCUGCCCAGUUCAGCCCUAGCACAGCCUCCUAGACCACAUCUUUUCCUGUCUUCAUACUCUGAGCCGGAGUCUCCCAGGGCCCCAGCUGGAAGGAUCUUGCAAGAGCGUGUGGCUCUGCUCUUCCUGUCUUCUGGCCAUCCAGCUGUUUGCUGAGCACCUACUGUGUGCAACAGGGAACCUGAGGCCCCAAGAGGAGAUGAGACUUGAGCAGGUCAUCCAGCCAGCCUCCAGGGGUCCUAGGACCUGGGUCUCUUGUCACCCAUCCCCUCAGUCUCCUCUCCUGGGUGCUUCUCCCCAGGGGAGGUGGAAAGUGGUGAAGGGGUACAGAGGUGGUCUCAGCAGUGGUCAGGAGCCUCUGAAGAACCAAGGGUGCUCUGGGGCCCCCUCCUCAGAUCGCUCAGUGGAGAGGGAUUGGCUUCUCCUCCUGCCACCCUGAUUCUGACCUGUCGGCCUUGGCACCACCUAGAACCCUUCAUUUCUCUUCUGUUCCUAUCCCUGCCACAUCUGUUUCCCGUCAGGCUCCAGCUGGGCUCCCCCCUGUGGCCCUGCCCCCACGAGCAGAACACGCUAAUGGGCUUUGCCUCGCUGCAGGGGGUGGGGGAGGCCUGCAGAUCAGUCCCAGCUGCUGAGCGAGCGUUAGCCUCUGAGGAGGGAGGCGUCCUUACAACUUCCCUAGGCUCCCCUAGGCAGCCGUAGGCUGGGCUCCGCAGGCAGGUCAGGACCUAUGCAGGGAAGCAGUACGGCUAGGGUCAUGGCCAUGGAGGGGCCAUUCCUAGACGAGCAGAGGCCCUGGCUGGUGAGGAUGUUGCCCCCGCCCCAGCCUCCCCAACCCUGUGUAAUCAUAGUAAUAACACAUGGGACCAGCACUGAGUGACACAGAGUGCUCGCUGUGCCAGGCAUCAUUCUAGUCACAGUGGCCAAGAGCUUCCUAGGCCUUUGGGCCUCAGUUUCCCUGAAGGAAGUCCCUUAGACUCCUGGCUUCACCUUUGAGUGACUCUCUACCAGCCAGCGUUCCCCUCCCAUUAAUAACAGAAGUGAACGACAUUAAUCGCUUCCGUCUACUGUGCUCUUCCUCGUCAUUAUCUUCACUGGAUUGUUCAGGGAGACCCCAUGAGGAAAGUGUUGUCAGCACCCCCCUUUAGAGAUGGGGAAUGGGAGGAUCAGAGAGGUCAAGUGGCUGGUCCAAGGUUGCCCAGCUCAAAGGUAGCAGAGAUGGCUUCAGAGCCCAGAUCUGUUAGACGCCCCUGGCCAGGAUGGAGUCUAGAUGGGGACGCCGGUCUUCUGAAGGCUGCCUGAGAUGGGGCUUCGUUCCCAUCGUUUUUCCAGGCUUUUCUAGGCUUUAAGCCUAGAAGCACAAGGGUGGAGUUUAUGACACCUGGGGAGGCAGGGUCCCUGCCCCCGAACUCUGUCCCUCCACAGUCCCCACCCUCACCGUCAGUAACCAUCAGCUGCUCUGGAUGUCAGUGUAGGGCCACGUCAGUGUCACUGGGCAGAAAAGCCAGUGUGCCACUUGUGAGCAGUUCUCAGCACCUCCCCGACCACCCUGGGUGUGGACGCUGGCACCUGAGGGUCCUUGGCCCCACGGCAGCCUGCAGUGCCCACCUCCUUUCCUCAGCAUGUGGCUCCCAGCUGGCCCCUUUCAGUUCCCCCAGUCUGUGCAGGGGACCUUUCUGCAGGCAGGGGUUCCAGGCUGGGGCUGCAUCCAGCGAGGAAGCAGCGUCUCUGAGCCGGCCGAGAGCAUCUGCUCAGGAGGUGCUCUUAAUGACCUCCAUGGAAGCAGCUCUUUGCUGGCUUUUGAGAGCCAGAAAAGUGGGGUGGGGUGAGGGGAGCACCCUGCCUAACUGAAGCAUCUAUGUUCAUAUGUGUCCAGUUUACAAACAUCUGGACAUCUCUGGAUCCGUCAGUACCGUGCAAUUGAGGCCCACCUCAUGGAUGUGGAAGCCAAGGCUCCCUGAGCCCACACGGUGCACAGGUGACCCGCUGGGCCUAGCCAGUCACCUCCCUUCUGCAGGGCUCCUUUUCCUGUGUGAAAGCAGAGAAGUUCUCUUCAGGGAGCCUCUUAACCAACAGGGCAGGCACUGGCCAAUCCCUGGGAUGUGGGGUGAGUCUGAGCCCCGACUGCUGGCCUCAUGAGCUCUCAGCCUGCUCGCCCUGAGCUAAAAUGCUGUGGCUAUGUUCAGGCUAGUCUGUCCUUGAAUCCUGAAGCAGGCAUUUGAGUGAGAAGUGGCCAGGAAGACAGCUGAGGGCUGCGAGUCAGGAGCUGUGGCGUGGGUCUCCCCUGUUCUGUUCGGCUUCCUCAAGUAGAGGCAGAGUACGUGUGCCAAGGCUUCAGGUACAGGCCUGUCCCCUCCCUCAGCCCUGGCCCAACCUGGAGCUGAGUCUGUGCCUCCGAGACAGACAACUGUGUGUGGCAGGGGGCAGGAAGAGCCCGACUCCUUGGCCGAAACCACCUCUGUGUCUACAGAUGCCCUUUAUGUGUGUUUCUCUCUGUCCCUCUCUAUCUCUGGGUGUGUGUUUCUCUCUCUCCAUCUCUGUCUCUGUGGAUGUGUGUGUCUCUGUGUGCUGCUCACUCUUUCUGCUUCUCUCCAUGUCUCUGCCCCCACCGGGGUCCCCUCCCCCUCCUGU